CUGGGCGUAUUUUAAUUCUGUAGCAGCCAGUGUGUCGUUCGGUUUAGGUGGGAAAAUAGCAGAGCAGACAGCCUGACGCCCGCUAUUUCUUUUCAGUAUAGUAGUGAAUUAUAGAUGUUUUUGGCGCAAAGUUGUCUCAAUACUGUUUAAAAAUGAGUUUCGAUAUGGCAAACGCUGAAGAUCAGCAGCUUAACAAUAAUAUGAAGCUAAUAAAAUCGAAUUUGUGCUAUUUGCUUGAUUAUGAAGAGCCGCGUGCCGCAAGGCAUGCCGCUUGCGACGAGAGCAGUGCUGCCAACGUUCUGCAAGAACUCAAUCUCAUAGUUAACGACUUGACCUUGGAUGCAAAUGCGCCCCAAUUCGAGUUCCAUCGUUAUGGUUGCCCCCAAACAGAGGCCAUGCAGAAGCGUCUGGUCAACCUAAGCAAUAGCGGCGCCAAAAAGAAGUCGAAUUCAAAUGCCUCAAUUAGCGCAGAAAACAAUUUAGUUUCGCGCCAUAUACGAGAUCAACAACAGAAAGAGAACAUACAAAACAGAGAGGAAUGCGGCUCAUUCGCAAUUGAGCUGAACGGUGAUUGCAUCGAACGAAAUCCGGUACUGCGUUUAAUGACGAUAUUCAAGUCGCUGCAUGAGCACCUCAAUACCGAAUUGCCAAGCAAUCAGUUAAAUUCAAUGCCAUCGGAUUAUAUAUUCGAUUUGCCCAAGAAGUGUUCGCUGCCAUCCGGAUGCAAUGUGCGCCAUCAUGCGCAGGUGCUGUGCACCAAACUGGAACGCUUCCAUGCACGCCAACGUCGCAUUCUGGAGACGAAUCGUCACUUUGACUACACCAGAUAUACCGAGUGCGAUGAGCUACUCAAUAAAGUCUUCAAUGACCUACAGGUUCUCAAGGCGUUCACUAAAUUGGAGCUACGUCAACGUGCUUCGCAGCUUCUUACCAAAGUGGCUUUGGACAAUGCUGCACAGUUGGAAAAACUGCUACUUGAACUGCUUGAUCAUCUUAAAGCUGCUCACAUUCACGUAUUUAUUUUCAACUGGGAAAUGGAUCUGGAGUAUCGUUACUCCUCGGCCAUGAAGGCGACGCUCCAUGAAACCAAUAAGAGAGUCUUACAAUUGGCUACAGUCGAGCUUCAGGCUCCAAGGGCAUUGGACUCCGUGGAGCAAAGAAUGGUUGAACACUAUCAGCUGGGCAACGUUAUUAGCUGCGCUAAGCAGCACGAAGACUUCCUUACUGCAUUGCUGGAGUCGCCAGAAAACUACUUUCCGCCAGAAAUAAUAGGCCUGUGCGAUCCCCCAAAGAUUGUCCGUAAUUUGCCGCCUAAUCCCAAUCUUAAUGUUCAUGCACGCUUGCAGCCGUUGGACUUUGUCGGCGAAUUGCCGCCCUUAUCUCCACCAAGGGUCAAUCGUCGCUCACAUGUACCAAGGAUUAAUCGGGCUUAGAAAUAAUAAUCAAAGAAUGACAAAAAUCUAAAUAUUUACGCUUGCAGGAAAGUGGCUAGAUGCUAUAAGAAAGAACAAAUUUUAAUUUGAAUGAAACUUUAAUUAUAUU